AUGGAUAGAAAUUUUUUAAAUGAAAGUAAUAAUAGUACAAAUAAUAGAAAUAAAUAUGUAAUAUAUGAUGAAGAAGAAAGUAAACCAUUAUUUUAUAAUUAUGAUUUUAGAAAAAAGAAUAAAAUGGUGAUGUAUUUAUUUGAUUGGAUGAUGGUUGUUAUACUUUUAAUAGUUGGCGGUAUAUUAUUUUUAAAAGUUACAGUUAGAGGUCGUUUAUUUACAUUGGAUGACGAGUCAAUAUCAUAUCCAAAAUUACCAGAAUUAGUGCCAAUGCAUGUUUUAAUACCUGUUAUUAUAGCAUUACCACUUGCAAUUAUAAUUGUUGUUAGUUUAAUUGUUAAACGUGAUUGUCACGAUUUCCAUCACGCAAUUCUUGGUUUAGCACAAUCAUUAGCAUUAACAUUACUUUUAACUGGUUCUUUCAAAUGUUUUAUUGGUGGAUUACGUCCAAAUUUCUUGGAAGUUUGCGACCCAACACCUGCAUCAAUAGCAGCAGGAAAUCCACCAGUUGGUUUUAGUAAAAUUUAUUAUGACCGUUCAAUUUGUUCUGCCGAUGAUUCAAUUGUAAAUGAUGCAUUAAGUGCAUAUCCAUCAGGUCAUAGUUCAAUAACAGCAGCAUCAUUUGGCUUCUUGGCAUUAUUUAUUCACGCAAAGUUUAAAAUAUUCGAUAAUAGAGGUCAUAUUUUCCUUUAUGUCAUUGUUAGUGGUUGUAUAAUUGGUGCAGGUUUAAUUGGUAUUAGUAGAGUUGCUGAUUAUCGUCAUACAUUUUUAAAUGUAUUAGCUGGUUGGUCAAUUGGUUUAAUUAUUGCUUUAUCAUGUUAUCGUUUAAAUUAUAGUUCAUUAUUUGGUCGUGAUAAUCAUGUUUCAAUUCAUUCCCAUUGGUUAACUUAUUGGAAUCAUCAUGAUAAUUUAAAUAAUAAUAAUAAUAAUAUUAAAAAUAAUUUUGAUUUAGAAAAAAAUUGUAAUCAAUCACCAAAUAAUAUUGCAUUGGAUGAAUUAAAUAAAUAA